AGUAGAUGGGUGUUUUGUUACCGUUAGGUUUUUUGUAAGCUUGGAUUGUUUGGGGGUUUGGUUGGUUGGGUUUUUUUAAAUAAGUCGUUCACAUAAUUUUAAAAGUUUCAUCUCCUUUUGAUGAGCCUGCUGAUUGGAACGUGAACUGCUCCCUGAUUAUUCAUGCUCCAUAGGAUUAGAGGAACUGGUGCACUCAGCUUUUAUGCGUGCUAUACUCAGGCAAACGGGAUCCUCGGGGAAGAAUGGAGGCCUCCUGCCUCGAACUAGCCCUCGAAGGAGAGCGCCUGUGCAAAGCUGGGGACUUCAAGGCUGGAGCAGCCUUCUUCGAAGCAGCAGUGCAGGUGGGGACAGAGGAUUUGAAGACUCUCAGCGCAAUCUACAGCCAGCUGGGCAAUGCCUACUUCUACCUAAAGGAAUAUUCCAAGGCCCUGGAAUACCAUAAACAUGACCUCACUCUAGCCAGAACCAUUGGGGACCGUAUCGGAGAAGCCAAGGCCAGUGGCAACCUUGGGAAUACAUUGAAAAUACUUGGGCAGUUUGAUGAAGCUAUCGUUUGUUGCCAGAGACACUUGGAGAUUUCCCAAGAGCAGGGAGACAAGGUAGGUGAAGCUAGAGCGCUGUAUAACAUUGGCAAUGUUUAUCAUGCAAAGGGAAAGCAGUUGUCUUGGAGCACAGCCCAAGACCCAGGUUCCCUGCCUCAAGAAGUCAAGGAGACGCUUCAGAGAGCUUCGGAAUACUAUGAGAGGAAUCUGUCUCUGGUAAAGGAGCUCGGGGACCGAGCUGCUCAGGGCCGAGCCUAUGGGAACCUCGGCAACACCCAGUACUUGCUCGGCAACUUCAGCGAAGCCACAGCUUUCCACAAAGAGCGACUCGCCAUCGCCAAGGAGUUUGGGGACAAAGCGGCCGAGAGGCGAGCGUACAGCAACCUGGGCAAUGCACACAUCUUCCUCGGCAGGUUUGACAUCUCGGCUGAGUACUACAAGAAAACACUCCAACUCUCCAGACAGCUGAAAGACCAAGCAGUAGAAGCUCAGGCUUGCUACAGCCUCGGAAACACUUACACGUUGCUCCAAGACUACGAGCGAGCCAUCGAGUACCAUCUAAAGCACCUGCUGAUAGCGCAGGAGCUGGGGGACAGAACGCCUAUGGAUGAUGAUUUCCUGUUUUGCAGAGUGGGAGAAGGAAGAGCCUGCUGGAGUCUAGGAAAUGCCUAUGUCUCUCUCGGGAACCAUGACCAAGCCCUGCGCUUUGCAAGGAAACAUCUUGAAAUCUCCCAAGAGAUCGGGGAUCGGAAUGGUGAGCUGACGGCUCGAAUGAACGUAGCCCAGCUGAAGUCAGCCCUUGGCGAUGAGGAUGGGGAUGCAACCCGUCAUUCCGCUGGCUACGAAGCGCAAGGAGCCAGGCCUAAGAGAAUCCAAAGGAACAGCAUGGACAGUUUAGACCUCUUGAAGUUCCCCUCUGAAAAGGAGCAGAAUGGGGAUAGCCACCACAUGGGAAACCUGAAGAUCACGGGAAAGGACUUCUUGUCUCUGCCCGUGAGAUCCAAGAAAUACCAUGAGAACCAGUCCAAUUCAGAGAGGAAAUCCCAGGAGUCCAAUAUGUCACCGCUGGAUGCCAGUGAUGUACGACUCCAGGUGUCUCAAUCGAAAAUCAGCCGGGCCCCUUCAGACGAGGAAUGCUUCUUUGACCUGCUGAGCAAGUUCCAGAGCAGCCGAAUGGAUGACCAGCGCUGCCCGCUAGAAGAGUGCCAAACAGAGGCUGCUGCCGCCUCCGUGCCUGCCCUGGAAGAAGGAAUAUCUCAGUCCUCAUUAAUGGCAUCGCCGCAGACAGAGGAGUUCUUUGAUCUCAUCGCCAGCUCCCAGAGCAGGCGGCUGGAUGACCAGCGUGCCAGUGUGGGCAGCCUGCCCGGCCUCCGCAUCACUCACAACAACCUGGGGCACCUGCGCAUGGAGGGGGAUGCCCAGGAGCCAGGGGACGAGUUCUUCAACAUGCUUAUGAAGUGCCAGUCAUCCCGGAUAGAUGACCAGCGCUGCGCUCCGCCGGACACCGUCCCCCGUGGCCCCACCAUGCCUGACGAAGACUUCUUCAGCCUCAUCCAGCGUGUCCAGGCCAAGCGUAUGGACGAGCAGAGGGUGGAUCUGGCUUCGGCCCAGGAGGAGCAGCAGAGGAGACCUAGCUCCAGCUAAGAAUUGGGGUUUGCUUUGAGGAAAGCAACGUCUGUUUAAAACCUGAGCUUGGCUGUUCCGUGGCAGACUGUCCCGGUGAGGAGUAGCCCUGCUCAGUGAAGGGGGGGAAGGGGGCGUUUCCUACCGCUUUGGUAGUUUUGUCUUUCUUUGGAGUAGGGGCCAGGCAGGUUCACCAGCUGGGGACAGUUUUUCUUUAUGGCUUUUUAUACAAACAAUGACUCUUCUACGGCUGAACAAAGCUAGGAGGAACUGCUCACGCACGGCUGGGCGCCAGGGAAGUAGACUGAGACAACCGGUGAAUUGGCUGCUGCAGUCCCCCCGCCAGCAGUGCCUGCGAGCGUCUGCACCUCCCUGCCGAGCUCUGUGGGGAAGGGGUGUCCAGCUGGGCUGGGGUGCAACUGUGGAGAAGCUGAAGGCAGCCAGCAGCCCAUGGUCCCAUGUUCCGUUAGGUAUUUUAUUUCUGCAACACGUGGGUUAACGGGGACCCUCUCUUUGCUGUGGACUCCUCCCUCCCUGCUUACCGUCUGGCUCGGAGAUGUUUGGAGCUGUCCUCACCAGCCUGCCAAGGUGUCAGCAGCAGCCAUUGGAACUGGGGUCCUGCCCUGCAGGGCCGAGCUUGGCUUUUUCCCACAGGGCUGAGCAAGCCCAGUUCAGCUGCUGUGCGCACGUGGGGCUGCCACUGCUUAUGGCAACGCCCCCCCCUGCAAAAGCAGCUGCAUCAAGGAGGUUGCCCAUAACUAUCUCCACAGCCAGCACAUUCAGGGCCCAGGGAGAUCCUCUGACCAUGAACCAAGAGGUCCCCAGUAUACUUGGCACUAGCCCCUGCCAGCUGUUGGCCUGUGUGACAGUGCUCCUGGUUGUUUGUGUCACAACUGGCAUUGCUGGCAGCAAACCCCGUCACAGACCCACUGGGGACCCGGCGGGUUCAGGUUGAAGCAGAGCCGCAGGAGCGGAAACUUGGUUUGCUGCGUGUUGUGAAGCUGGAAGCUGUCAAUCGGGCACCGUUCACUGCUCUAGAAAUACAGGUGCCCUGUGUUUUUAAAGGAAAGCUGUUAGUCUGGCCAGUGUGAAUCUAGCUUAGAGCACUGCCCCCAUCCAUGGGGCUUCAUAACGUUCCUCUUUUCUCUUGCAGUAGUAGCUAGAGGCCUCCAGCCUGGUCGGCACAGGAGCACAAAGGGAAUGGGCCAACUUUGGUGGGGACUUGUCAGUCACUUUCAAAUAGGCUGAAAAACAACCCUCCUGCCUCACACAGAAUGGGGCUAGCCACCCUCAAGUUUAGCUGUACAGAGGUGCCCCUUUGCACUGCUGCGCUAGCUGGGACUGGCAGGGCUGCAUCAGUCCUCUGGUGGGCCUUCCAGCUACUGUUCAUCUCCCCGCAAGCCCAUUCCUGGGUCUAGUGCUGAGUCCCCGUUGCCCCCACGUCUCUCUCAGGAGCGGCCUUCAUGGAAAAUUUCCAGCAGCAAGAAAUUCAGCCAGGCACCACUUAGCCCAGCUGGGGGGAGGCCCUAACAUGUGUAGAUGUCCUAGGUGUGAGCAGGUAAAAUUCACCCCUCACUACUGCUGGAGGGAUCAACCAAUGCAAGGACUGGUUCAGGGGCACCAUCAGUCCCUGCAUUGUAUUCGGUAAGAGGGGCCACCUCGCUCCUGGGCUCCUGCUGUUACGACAACAUGACCAGCAGUGGACUCGUGACCGUGCGGCGCUUGGCCAGACCACAAACUGGAAUCUGACCAAUCAGCUUGCAGAGCGUGACGUAUUUGCCAUAUACUUGAAUGUAUGAGCUUAUUUAUUUUUUACGUGUGCAUUUGCUAAUGUCAUUUUAAGAGGGAAUUUUAACCCACCAGGUACUUGUUUUUUCCUUAAAAAAUAAUAAUCUGCCAAAUGAAUUAAUAUAUAGAAAUACA